AUGUUCUACUUCCACUGCCCCCCGCAGCUAGAGGGCGCGGCCCCCUUCGGAGGACACUCCGCCGGCGACUUCGACGACGGGUUCCUGCGAAGGAAGCAGCGCCGCAACCGCACCACCUUCACCUUGCAGCAGCUCGAGGCCCUGGAAGCUGUUUUUGCGCAAACCCACUACCCCGAUGUGUUCACCCGAGAAGAGCUGGCUCUGAAAAUCAACCUCACAGAGGCCAGGGUGCAGGUGUGGUUCCAAAAUCGAAGGGCUAAAUGGAGAAAGACAGAGAGGGGUGCUUCUGACCAAGAGGGCUCUAAGGAAACCAUGGCUGAGGUGGCACCUCCUGCGAGGAAUUUAAAUUCCCCUUCUCCAGCAGAUCAAACCAGGAACAAAAAAGAGGGUCUGGAGAUCCAGCAGAGCCUGAGCCGAUCAGUGGGUCCUACAGGCCCUUUCUUUCCUUCCUGCCUGCCGGGGACGCUUCUCAACACAGCCACCUAUGCACAAGCUUUAUCCCAUGUCGCCUCUCUAAAAGGGAGCCCUCUGUGCUCGUGCUGUGUUCCAGACCCCAUGGGCCUCUCCUUCCUGCCCACCUACGGCUGCCAAAGCAACCGCACCGCCAGCGUGGCCGCGCUGCGCAUGAAGGCGCGCGAGCACUCGGAGGCUGUGCUCCAGUCUGCCAACCUCCUGCCUGCCGCCAGCAGCCCCACUCCUCCUGCCAAACCCGGCCCCGAGGGCAGCCAGGACAAGCAGCCCUCUCCAGCCAAGGAGCACAUGGAAGGGGAGAAGAGCGUAUGA